AUGGCAACCCCCAACGUACAUCCUUCUAAAUCGCAGCAACUGCUCAGGAGAGAGCGCCGAAUUUUCUCAGUAUCUGAUGAUAAUUCCAUGAUGAAGCAGAUUCAGUCAACUCAUGCCCCUGAUGAUCGUGUAGUUGAUGUCAAGCCCAUUCUCCAAAUUAUCGAGAAUGUUUUGCGUCAUGUCACUCCUAACAUUGAUCGUGCUCUAAAUGCUGCAGAUCAAGGACACAUCGAUGGCUUUGAUGAUAGAGCCAGCCUGGCAGCUAUAGAUGGCAUGCUUGAAGCAUUGGCCUUUAUCGUACACAAAAUCUCCUGCGAGAUAUCAUGCAAGUGCUCAGGUGGAGGAGAUGCCCAUUCAACAACAAUGGCGCUGCUCAACAUGCUUUCAAGCUAUUCGUGGGAUGCAAAAGUGGUGCUAACCUUAGCAGCUUUUUCUGUGAAUAUUGGGGAGUUUUGGCUUAUUGUUCAGCUCUGCACUACAAACUCACUUGCCAAGUCCGUGGCCCUUCUUAAGCAACUGCCAGACAUCUUAGAGCAUUCUCACAACCUGAAACCCCAAUUUGAUGCACUUAACAAUCUCAUCAAGGCAAUGAUGGAUGUAACCAAGUGCAUUGUUGAGUUUACAGAGCUACCUUCUCAGUAUAUUUUGAGCGAUGUGCCACCAAUGUCAAUCGCCAUGGCUCAUAUCCCCACAGCUGCAUACUGGACAAUGCGAAGCGUUGUGGCUUGCGCUUCACAGAUUGCAAGCCUUGUGGGCUUGAAACAUGAGCACAUUACAGCAACCUCGGAGGCAUGGGAACUAUCAAGCUUGGCGCAUAAAGUCAGCAGCAUACACGAUCACCUUCAAAAACUAUUACGUCAAUGUUAUCAGCACAUCGAUGAGAAGAAGCAGGCAGAAGCUUAUGAAGGCCUGGCGCACAGUUUUGGAACUCCUCAAUUGGACAACUUGAAGAUUCUCAUAAAACUUUUCUCGCUCGGCAAGGAAGAUCCUCAAAAUGCUCUCUUGGGUCCAGAUAAGACCAAGGUUCAUAUGGACGUACUCAGGAGAAAGCAUGUGUUACUGCUCAUUUCGGAUCUUGAUAUCUCCCCAGACGAGAUUCAGGUUUUUGAGGUUCUGUACAAAUAUGAACGGGUAUCGUCUGAGCUUAACUAUGAGAUCGUAUGGCUCCCAAUUGUGGACAUGUCAACUUGGAAUGAUGGUCAUCAGCAAAAAUUUUUGAACCUGCAAUCAAUUAUGCCAUGGUAUACUGUGCACCACCCUUCCAUUAUUGAACCAGCAGUCAUUAAGUACACCAAAGAGGUAUGGCGUUUCGUAAAGAAGCCGAUUGUUGUGACCCUGGAUCCACAAGGAAAGGUCACAUGCCCAAAUGCCCUCAACAUGUUGUGGAUAUGGGGAAAUACAGCCUUCCCUUUCAACACUGAGACAGAGGAAAGUCUGUGGAAGACACAGGCUUGGACGAUUGAGCUACUUGUUGACGGGCUUGAAGCAAACUUACAUACUUGGAUGAAACAACAGAAAGUCAUCUGUCUAUAUGGUGGUGAAGAAUUAGACUGGAUCGAAAGUUUCACUUCCGAAACAAAAAAGGUUGCACAGGCUCUGGGCAUCGGCUUAGAGAUGGUUUAUGUUGGAAAGAACAACGCCAGGGAGAGGGUAAGAAAGAUUACCGGUUUUAUCAAUGAGAAGCAGCUUAGUCACGCCUGGCAAGAUGGCACUAUUUGGUUCUUUUGGAACCGGUUGGAGAGCAUGUUGUUCUCGAAAACGCGACAUGGCAAGACCAAUGAAACUGACGUUAUAAAGCAGGAGGUCAUGACACUACUUGGCUACGAUGGGAGCGAACAUGGAUGGGCAGUAUUCUUUUUAGGAUCAAUUGAAAUGGUCAGGGCCAAGGGAGACAAAGCUCUAAGCAGCAUGCAGAGUUUUGAAACUUGGGAAUACCUUGCUCGAGAAAUGGGUUUUAUGCCAGCACUCCGAAAGUACCUGGAAGGGAUUGCCGAAGAUCAUCACUGCACCCGUCUUAUCCUUCCAGGUAUCAGUGGGGGAAUUGCAGAGAGGGUGGUCUGUGCUGAGUGUGGACGUCCCAUGGAGAUGUAUUUCAUGUAUCGCUGCUGUGUCGAUUAACCCAAAAGCGAAGCCUUUGAGCAAAUUAAGCCUGGAAACCAGAAUAACAAUUACUCUUCGGUUUUAAUUUGCUCAAGGUCAUGAAUGAUAUAUGGUAAGAUGAACUAGAAGGUCUAAUGCUCUUGUAUUUGCUUUCUGUUUGCUAUUAUUAGCAUUUCUACAUUCUACUGUAGUGGUGAUGUUUGUGAGAUAAUAUUUAGGACUCUUUUACAACUCAUCUUUGGUUGUUGAGGAGUCUUAGUGAGUACUAAUGAUAGUGUGCCGUGCUGUGCCUGCGUUGUAAGAUUACUUUGCUAAAAUAAUCAGUUUUCCGAGUUUGUGGCUUUGGUAUU